GACGAUGCUCGCGACGAAGGCGCAUCUCUUGGUCAUUGAGGACACGGUGACGAGCGGCCUAGAGUCGAAGUCGAAGAGCGUGCUGAUAAAACAAUGCCUCGUAGUUGGUCUUCAUGGCAGUCCAAACGCUUUCCAAGCUCGGCAAUUUUGCGCUCGGACAACUUUGAUCUUGACAGCCUGCGCUGCGUGACUUCGCCUUGGGUAGGGAUUGCGAGCGGGAUUGUAGAAGUGCUAGUGAUGCUAGCCGGAGGAGACUACGUCGGAUUUCAAAGCUGUGUGAAGACUUUCAAGUGGUCUUCAUGCAUGCGUGAAGAGGUCAGGCGAGGGGCCGCUAUUGCUCAUCAUCAGGAAUGUUUCGUGAACCGAUCGAAAAGGCCCGACUGUCGGGUCUAGGAAUCCAUCACUGACGAUCAUGAUGCUCCUGCUUAAGCUCGAAUGUCAUGUCAUAUUCGUAGGAGCAUGACACGCCGUCAGAGACAUCGUUGCUCAAUGAUGGUGUAAAGUCAACAGAGAGCCUGGCUGACGCAUGCGAGGGACCGGACAAAGCUACGAAGAUUGGAAGAUGCGUU